UCUAAGACACCUUCAGUGCUUUUAUCAGCCUCUCUAAUCCUAUUAUAUGUGUUCCCUACCAGGUAGUCUACCCAUCAAUCAAAGACAGGUAUCCCGCACAAGCCUCGAAAUUCUUCAAUGCCUACUUCACAUGCAAACCUUACCUAGGUAACUUACCGAAAUAGGUAUUACGGAAUCACAACUAAAUAAGCCUUCACAGCACGAGCUACCUUUCAGCCAGAAGAAGAUGCCCAAUCACCGGGGAUCUGAAAGCAUUUUCGGUCAGUACAGACGGAUUUUCACAAGUCCCCCCAAGCCACAUAAAACUUCUUCACCUACGGCUUCAGGCCAACCUGUUACGACGACUAGGCUUGAAACCCUAUUGAAUGCGUGGAGGUUUUGGAAAUUGGAGAUUCUGUCUUGCCUGCUUGUGCUGGCAUCGCCUUUAGUUAUACUGGCUACGCUCUAUCCAUACGACAGGCGGCCUUUGCCCCAGUGGCCAAUUCGAAUAUCAGUAAACACUUUACUUUCGAUUUACUCAAUGGUGUUCAAGGCUAGCCUGGGAUUUGUGGCUGCUUCGUGCAUUGGCCAGCUGCAAUGGAUUUGGUUCUCCCAGGAACGUCCAAUCUAUGAUCUUGUUCGAUACGACAACGCGCGCCAAGGUCCAUGGGGAUCGCUUCAGUUGCUUUGGGCGCAACGUAUGCGUCAGCCUCUAACAGCUUUAGGCGGUAUUCUCCUAAUUUUAGCUGUCGGUAUUGAUCCUUUCAUUCAGCAACUUAUCGACCUUGACGAUUGCAGUAUAGUGGUCGACGAUAGUAAGGCUAUGUUACCCCGUACAAACAGAUUUAAUGACCAGCUUGAGGUACCAACGUUUGGGCAUGACAUCGACUCAGCAAUUUCACGAGGAGUUACACAAUUGGGAAGCGGUAUAUACCCCGAAUGUGCAACUGGAAAUUGCUCUUUUCCAGAUGCUUAUGGCACUCUUGGAUACUGCAGUUUCUGUGAAGACUCGUCAGAUGAGAUCACCAUCGACACAAUUCACACACCAAUCACAAACUCAACGGUCUGGCCGUAUCCCAACGAAACCGUCACUAUAAGGUCCAGUCUUCCUGAAGGAAUAUACCAAGCCAAUAAUCCGAUGGACCUUGCGCGCCUGAAUGUUACCUAUUCUAUCAACGUCUCCGAGUCCGAUCCUUACGAGACAUUUGGAAUAGACGGAGUUGAGGUGGCAAAAAUGAGUAUAUUCUUUGACGACGACGACGAGCUCAGCGUGCCAGCGAGACCGGAAAGGAUGAAGGUCAAAAUACUUGCCGGGAAAACGUCAUUCUCCGAUAGACAUAUUGACAUGUCUACUGGACAGAUUAUAAAGGAGUGUGAAAACAGGACUUUUGCCAACACAUGGCGCUGCAGGGGGUACGGGGCGGCUACGUGCGCAAUUCAACCAUGUGUGAGGAUAUAUAAUUCCACGGUGCAGGCAGGCCACUUAUCUGAGAACCUGCUCACCCAAACCGGCGACACGGCAUGGGGAAAUCACCUUCCUGACAACAUGGGACUUGGCAUUGUAGAUACAAAGUGCCUCACGCCUCAAAAUAAAAGCACUAUAAUCAACCAAGGAUACGUUAUUGACGAAUCACAACGUUGGCUUCCUUAUAACGCUUCGUUUUAUACUGGUGGCGGCGACUUGUCGACAGUGAAUAUAUCUACCUCACUUCUUGCCCAGAAAUGUUUAUAUUUCAUGGACAAUGGAUUUGUAUCCAGCUUUGGGCCUUUUGUAAUCGGCGGAUAUUUCAACGGUGCUCUGAAAGGUGCCGGUGGUCAUAACGGCAAAGACGGAUUGACUAUUAGCGAGUUCGACGGGCCAGAUAUUAUACGAAGUAUUUACAACUACGGUCGUGUCGACUUCGACCAUAUACAAGGCAUAUUUUCGAAUAUAUCCGAGUCCUUAACUACGUACAUUCGAACUAACGGAAACGAAAACUACUCAGAACCCGCCGUUGGGGAGGUUUUUCACUAUGCGACCUGUAUUCGCGUUCGAUGGGAAUGGAUAGCAUUCCCGUCGUUGCUAGUCUUCCUCACCAUGGUGCUACUUAUCUGGACCAUAUGUUCGAAGGAAUCUAGGACCUUUCCGGCCUGGAAAGCGUCCCCCCUUCCUUGGCUUAUGUAUGGGCCAGACAGCUCCGGGCUUUUCAAUAGGGACGAGUUGGAAGAGAUAGAAUACGAAACUGAUGAAAUGGAAAGGAUAUCUAGGGUAAUAACAAUUACCUGGAAGCCCCUACCUAACCCGCAUAUUCAAACGGAUUAGUUGAAUAGAAGUUCAGUUGAUAGGGUUAAGGACAUUUAGAUAUCAAUGUUAGGUGCACAUAAGUCAGGUACCUAAAGCAUAUUGUAUAUAGUAGUUAAAAGUCAUUACUACUAAUCUAUAAGUCAAUGAUAAUAUUUGAUCGAACAAUCUUUUCAUUUAGCGGUCUUUCUAGGUCCGAGAAUGCCUUAAGAUUACCUAUUCUAGAGGUACUUAUCAUCUUCAGCGCAACUGUUCAUUACCGUAGGAAAUGACGAUACCUAAGAAU